AUGUCGCUUGAUCCCCAGGCUUUACAGAAACUCCUUGUGGAGAUGGACAACCAGCUCAAUAAGUCCAGGGCUGAGUUGAAUAUGUGCAAUGUCCAGCUAGAGAGGGUUAACACGAACGUCAAGAUCAUUGACUCUACUACUGGAAAGUUGAAGAAGCUUACGAAUCCUGGCGAUAACGUCUGGCAGGGCGUUGGAAAGGCGUUUGUUAUGAGAGACGUCGAUUCGUACGUGGACAAGAUCGGUAAGGAUAAGAAGGAGUUCCUUGAGACCCAGGACUCGUUGAAGAAGAAGCAGAACUACUUGGAGACGACGUUGGAGAAGACCAUCGAUAACAUGGCCCAGAUCUCUGGUUUCAAGAAGUAG